CUUCCCGAACAAAACAGAGAGAAGUAUGCUCGACCAGAGACGAGUUAUAUGUUUGGUUGGAGUCACGGGAAAGAAGUGAUGACUGGUAAACCGGACCUUUUGAAAGGAUCGUUCUAUGCAAACCCUCUGACCGACCUUCCUGAUGUUCCAGUAAGUGUUUCGUGUCUUUCGCCACAGCAGUAUCUGACGGGCGGAUAUUAUCAUGGUAAUGUAUGGCCUGACGAACCUGGAUUAGAGGAAUUCGAGCGCAUUUUCAAAGCAUUAGGGAAGAUAAUCUACGAAGUGGGUUUAUCACUUGCUAAAGCUUGUGAAACAUUUGUGUCAUCAAGUAUAGAGGGAAGUGAGGGUGUAGGGGAUUUGUUGAAAGGUUCAAAUUGUCAUAAAGCAAGAUUAUUACAUUACUACCCUCAAUCAUCCUCUCAAAUCACACAAGAUGAAUUAUGCGGUACACAUCUUGAUCAUUCCCUUCUCACAGGUCUUUGUUCAGCCAUAUACCUCGAUUCCUCUAUUUCACCCCCUAACAUCAUUGAACCGCCUUCGACAGAAGCGGGUCUAUGGAUUUAUCCUCGGGGUGAAAGUUCAGAUAAAGGAAAACCGGUCAAGGUUGAUAUACCGUUUGAUUGUUUAGGAUUCCAAAUCGGAGAAGCUUUAGAAAUCUUGACUGAAGGGAAACUCGCAGCUACACCUCAUUACGUCUCAGGUACUAUGGGUGAAUCAUCCAAUACGAUCUCAAGAGAAACUUUUGCUUUUUUCUUACAACCCGAUAUUGGCGACUUCAUAUCCCCAUCUGAAACAUUUGGACAAUUCACCAAACGGGUCCUAGAACGGCAUUACACCUUGACUCCCAAAACGGAAGACUGA